GCAACCAGCCUAACCAGGGGGAAUGUGUAGCCUUCAACUCAAUGACGGUCAACUGGGUGACACGGGACUGUAAUAUACCUAGUCCUUUUGCUUGCCUCUCAACGCAGUGUCAAGGUCAGUUCCCGAUGUGCGCCCUGGAGAGCAGCAAUCCGAACACGUGGUUUGGCGCGCGCACAUUGUGCGAGACAUACGGUUACCUAGCGACGGUCAACUUGACGACUAGCGCCAUCUUCAAAGACAACGUCGUGCUGAACGAUCCCCAUUUCUGGACCGGCAUGUUCCGAAAGGAAGCAAUCGUUUGGGACUAUGACGAGAAUCCUCGUCAUUUGGAACGCUCCGACAGAUGUUUCGCCGUUGCUAGGAGACCAGAUGGCGCGUGGGAUUGGAUGUUGGACUAUUGUAAACGACCACUCAGAUUCGCCUGCGUUCAGGACACGAAAACAACAACAACAACACAGCCUCCAGCCACCACGGUAACCAUGCCCCCUCGACCUACAGCGCCACCAGUGAUCACAACAACAACUAGACCAACAACAACGCCGCGACUUCCGGUGACGCAAACAACAACCACCGAGGCACAGAAGACAUGGCCAACCGUGGAUCCUAAUGCACUUCCGAUCAAUGUCAAUGGCGGAAGAUCAAGCAUGGGCCUCGGUUUUCUUACAUAUAUUUGUAUGAACUUAGGCGUGAUCCUCGGUACAGCGUUGUUCAUCAUUUAAUACACAUUUUUCGGGUGUUUGUACAUAAUGAUAUUUAUGGUGCUUUAUUCA